GCACGCUGCGUGCAGCGGCCUGGAAGCCGGCGGUCACGGGAAUAUCCGUCGCGCCGAGGACGCUGGUUAGUCUCGCUUUGGGUUCCGGCUGCGUCGGGCGUGCGUGUAGCUCGCUGGAACUAUGGCGUCCGGGCCUCACCCGACCUCGACCGCUGCCGCCGCCUCCGCCUCAUCCGCUGCCCCGAGCGCCGGCGGCUCCAGCUCCGGCACGACGACCACUACGACUACGACCGGAGGGAUCCUGAUUGGCGACCGCCUGUACUCGGAGGUGUCGCUUACCAUCGACCACUCGCUGAUUCCGGAGGAGCGGCUCUCGCCUACCCCGUCCAUGCAGGACGGCCUCGACCUGCCCAGCGAGACGGACCUGCGCAUCUUGGGCUGCGAGCUCAUCCAGGCCGCCGGCAUUCUCCUCCGGCUGCCGCAGGUGGCGAUGGCUACGGGGCAGGUGUUGUUUCAUCGUUUUUUCUACUCCAAGUCUUUCGUCAAACACAGUUUCGAGAUUGUUGCCAUGGCCUGUAUUAAUCUUGCAUCAAAAAUCGAAGAAGCGCCAAGAAGAAUAAGAGAUGUGAUUAAUGUAUUUCACCACCUCCGCCAGUUAAGAGGAAAAAGCGACCAGCUACAUUUACCAAAGCCUGGGUGAUGUGGAGUGGUACAUAGAGAUGAAGCUGUCGUCAUGGCAACAGUGAGUGAAGUAUCGAAAUCCCCAAGGAGAAGCCAGUGUUCUGUGAAUAGGUCACUGGAAUCGGGGACUAACAGGACUCCAAGCCCCCUGAUCCUUGAUCAGAACUACAUUAACACCAAAAAUCAAGUUAUCAAGGCAGAGAGGAGGGUGCUAAAGGAGUUGGGAUUUUGUGUUCAUGUCAAGCAUCCACAUAAGAUCAUUGUAAUGUACUUACAAGUCUUAGAAUGUGAACGUAACCAAACCCUGGUUCAAACUGCCUGGAAUUAUAUGAAUGACAGUCUUCGAACCAAUGUUUUCGUUCGCUUUCAACCAGAGACUAUAGCGUGUGCUUGUAUCUACCUUGCAGCUAGAGCACUUCAAAUUCCAUUGCCAACUCGGCCCCAUUGGUUUAUUCUGUUUGGUACCACAGAAGAGGAUAUUCAGGAAAUCUGCAUAGAGACACUUAGACUUUAUACUAGGAAAAAGCCUAACUAUGAAUUGCUGGAAAAAGAAGUAGAAAAAAGAAAAGUAGCCUUACAGGAAGCCAAGUUAAAAGCAAAGGGAUUGAAUCUUGAUGGAACUCCAGCCCUUUCAACUCUUGGUGGAUUUUCUCCAGCCUCUAAACCAUCAUCACCAAGAGAAGUAAAAGCUGAAGAGAAAUCACCAGUCUCCAUUAAUGUGAAGACAGUCAAAAAAGAACCUGAGGAUAGACAGCAGGCUUCAAAAAGCCCUUAUAAUGGGGUAAGAAAAGACAGCAAGAGAAGCAGAAACAGCAGAAGUGCUAGUAGAUCAAGAUCAAGAACCAGGUCACGCUCUAGAUCACACACCCCAAGAAGACAUUAUAAUAAUAGGCGAAGUCGAUCUGGAACAUACAGCUCAAGAUCAAGAAGCAGGUCCCGCAGUCACAGUGAAAGCCCUCGAAGACAUCAUAAUCAUGGUUCUCCUCACCUUAAGGCCAAACAUGCCAGAGAAGACUUAAAAAGCUCAAAUAGACACGGUCAUAAAAGGAAAAAAUCUCGGUCUCGAUCUCAGAGCAAGACUCGGGAUCACUCAGAUGUUACCAAGAAACACAGGCAUGAAAGGGGACAUCACAGAGACAGGCGUGAAAGAUCUCGCUCCUUUGAGAGGUCUCAUAAAGGCAAGCACCAUGGUGGCAGUCGCUCAGGACAUGGCAGGCAUAGGCGCUGACUUUCAUCCUCUGACACUGCAUCGGUUCCUGGUGGUGUCCACAUGUAGUGUGACGAUGUAUGGACUCAAUCAAAACAAAAAACAAACUGAUUAGGAAUUGAUUUAUUAAAAUUGUCUAGGUUUCUAGAAACACUGAGGACAUUUUCUUUGGAAAAGAACUAUGUUAAGGUUUUUUGCACAUUAAAAUGCCCUAGCAGUAUCUAAUUGAAAACCAUGGUCAGGUUCAAUUGUACUUUAUUAUAGUUGUGUAUUGUUUAUUGCUAUAAGAACUGGAGCGUAAAUUCUGUAAAAAUGUAUCUUAUUUUUAUACAGAUAAAACUUGCAGACACUGUUCUAUUUAAGUGGUUAUUUGUUUAAAUGAUGGUGAAUACUUUCUUAACACUGGUUUGUCUGCAUGUGUAAAGAUUUUUACAAGGAAAUAAAAUGCAAAUCUUGUUUUUCUAAA